AUGGCUUAUCUUUUAUCCCAUGUGGCGGACGAUCCAAAUACAUUUCAGGUUGUUGCUCAUAGUUCACUUUUGAACAAUGGAGGACAUGGAGAAAAAGUGCAAACAUUUGACUUAGAUCAACCACUUAAAAUUACAAGUGGUGGCCUAUUUUUAGCUCUUGGUUUUAAAUCGCAUUCUUUAAGUCCGAUUAGUGCCAGAAACCGAAAUGAAUAUUCGACCAGCAUAACUCAUGUCGAGAAUAGUGUAGAGUCAAAAAAUGGUCGGAACAUACCCGUUGUAUUUGCUAACUAUCCAAAUAGAGGAGCAGCAUUUAGUUUCACGAUCGACGAAUUGGAUAAAAUUUCAAAAAGUCAAUCGGGGGAUCUCGAAAUGGUAUCAAUACAAAAAGAUACAGAUCCAAUUGUUGAUUCUGAAGCAGUCAAGCACAAACCGAGAUUUUUAUCAUUAUUCAAAUUCAAAAGCUCGAAUAAAAUAGAAAAAGAACAAGAUAAAGCUUGCAAAUUACAAAGGACAUUUAAUGAUCAUGACAAUAUGCUGCUUGAGAAUAGUAUUGCCGAAGACUACUGGAGAUCGGUGAUUAAUAAAAUCAAGGAACAAGAGUCAGCAUCAACUGAUGAACGUAACAAUUCGCUUGUCACUUCCUUGCCCAAUUGGCACGCAAACUAUUCGAUGCAUGAGAAGUCGACUGCAACAAAUUCAAAUGAACAGGAUUUUGUUACAGACGAUAAUUAA